AUGAAGGCAACCCGGACGGAUACACUGACGAAGCAGCAGGCUCCGAUCGAGCUCUAUAACGAAGAGGACUCGGACUCGUGGAUGAUCACCGAUUCACCGACAGAUGAAUCGCCGUUCCCCAUUGUGAUGGAGGAUCAAAAGAUGCGCUACGUGUACGACGACUACGUCGAAGGAGGCGCCCUGCGCAGUGGAGCCGCGCCGCAACUGUUCUCACGAAAGUACUUUGGACUCGUCGCGCAGUACGCGGCCGUCGGAUUCAUCGAUGGACUGCUGCCCAACGUCAUCUACCCGUUCCUGCAGAACUACCUCAACCUGCCCGGAUCGCAGACUACCACGGCUUUCGUUCUCGUACAGAUGCCAUGGAGUUUCAAGGUCUUCUACGGCAUCGUGUCCGACUGCUUCCCUAUCUGGGGAUACCGUCGUCGGCCCUACAUUAUCGGCGGGUGGAUUGUCGCGCUGCUGAUGCUCGUGAUACUGUCGUUUACCCCUCAGGGUGAGCCCUACUUCACGAACCCGGCAUACCGCGAUGUCAAGCCCGAAGACUACACGCCCGAGAUCAUCGCCACGAUCAACUACAAUGCAGCCAACGAUGGCAGCAUUUACAUCAUCCCGAUGAUGGGGUGCGCGUUCGGCUAUCUUCUGUCGGACGUGUGCGCUGAUGGUUUGGUGGUGGAAUUGGCGCAGCGUGAACCUUUCGAAGUGCGAGGCAAGACCCAGACGGUGAUUUACACGACUCGGUGGGUGUUCACCAUGAUGGCUUACGUGAUGCUGGGAUUCUGCUUCAACGGCGAGGAAUACGGCGGCGACUUCGACUUCUCGCUGACGUUCCCCAUGCUCAUGUUGAUCGUAACUAUCAUCCUCGCACCGAUUGUGCCCAUUUCGUGGUUUUUCCUGUACGAGGAGAAGAACGCGUUCGGAGGCAUGAACUUUAACCACUACAUGCACACGCUGUGGGACGUCAUCAAGACGCGUGCCGUGUACCAGUACAUCGCCUACCAGUUCUUCGCCGGCAUUUUCGCGGCAUUUACCUACGUGUCCAAGAAUCCAAUCCAGCGGAACUGGGCUAACGUCUCGCCCAUUGCCGAGAAGAUUGGAGGGCUCCUGUCCACCAGUGUCUACGCUACAUCGAUUUGGUUCGCUGGCAACUACGGACGCAACUGGGACUGGCGCCGCACGGCAGCGGUGACCAUGAUUUCGUACGUCUCGCUCGACGCCUUCUGCAAGCUGCUGACGAUCUGGGAUAUUGUGCGCUCGCCGUACUUCUGGCUCGGAAUCCCCAUUCUGGAGCAGAUUCCGCUGGGCGUGAUCUUCAUCGUCAGUUCUUUCAUCAUCGUCGAGCUCGCCACCGAAGGACAUGAAGGCGCCAUGUACGGUCUGCUUACGACGGUCUACAACCUCUCCAUCCCAUUCGCCACCGCCAUCACCCGCAACGUGAACAGUAUGUUCAACCUGACCACGGAGCGCAUCCAGAACGACAGCGAUGGCGUGAGGUCCGACAUGACCAUGACCGUGCUUAUCAUGUGGACAGCCAACUUGUGCUCACUGGCAUUCCUGGGCAUGCUGCCCCGACAGAAGGAGCAGACGCGAGCUAUGAAGCAACUGGGCGGCUCCAGCUACUUCAUGGGCGUCGUCACGGUGGCGUAUUUGUUAUUCGCUCUCGCGUGGACACUAGCGACGAGCUUGUUGAGCAUCUUCCCGGACACGUCGUGCCUCGCCAUCGCAGGCGGCAACGGCUGCAACCACCCCAAUAGCCCGUAA